AUGAAGCACCCACAGCCGUUGUUCGUGUUGCUCUCGCUCUGUCUCUUGACGUGUGGCAGCCGCGCCGAAGACGAGACCACGGUUCCCAUCUUCCUACCGUACUACUCGUCCAAGUCAUGGUCUUUGGUCCGAGGAAGUAUUGUCACAAGUAAUGCCGACGAGACGAUUUAUACUAUAUUCUGCGCCCCGCAAACGAUAUCGCACCACUGCGAUCUCGCUCUCGAGUUUCCGUUUAUCUUUGCCGAGGGUGAUCAGACCCUACGGUUCGAAGGCACCAGGACGUCGACUUACACCGUCAAUUUGGAAUGCCAACUCGGUGGUACCACCGCCGCCACAUGUUCAGCAUACUCGAGUUUGAGGAGCGGAUACGUUGCCGGCAUUCAUACGGGCCCGACUGAGGUUACCUGGGAAUCGACAUUGAGUGGAACCGAGGUACAAUGGGGCAUUCUCACCCUGGCCGAACAGCCAACUGAAACGACCACGAACGAUCUUCUCUCCCCGCCCACCUCCGCCGACGACCUAGUUGCCACCGACGGCUUCUUGUAUGACGGGACCUUGCCCACUGGCACCGAACCAAUACCUGUCGAGACGCAACCAAGUGCAGCCUCCCAGAAUGCGAUUAAUUUGUUGCGUAUCUGGUCAAUAUGCGGCGUCUUAUUUGCCGCCCAGUUCGCCAUAUAG